AUGCUAGAUUUGAGUGGUAAUAGGAUAGGAGGUUUUAUUCCUAACUUCUUCUUCCAGUUUCGAAACAUGACCAGUCUCAGACUUUCUGACAACUUGUUCAAUGGCACUUUCAAACUGGAUAAGAUUCAAAGUCUUACAAGUCUCUCUGAACUUAUUCUUUCUAACAACAACUUGUCAGUUGACACAACCAACAUGAGUUCAAAUUGGCAUCAAUACCCUGAUUUUCUUAUGUUAGGCCUCUCGUCCUGCAAUAUGUACGGUUUCCCAAAUCUUAGAAAUGUAUCACAUUUGGUAAGUUUGGACCUCUCAAACAAUCAUAUAGGAGGGGAUAUUCCUAGCUGGAUUUGGGAGAUAGAAAUACAAUCCUUGGAUCUCUCUCUUAAUCAUCUGACAGAUUUCCAAAAGCCUUAUCGUAUACCUAAUACUAUUCAAAUACUUGACUUGCACUCUAACCUGUUGGCCAGUGAGUUUCCCUUUCUUUCAAAAUCAAACUGGUCGAAAAUUUAUUCCCCCAAUUUGUUUUUUCUCGCGGACAAUAGCCUAACCGGAGUAAUUCCAACCUCCCUCUGCAGUAUAUCUGGACUUGAGGUUCUCGACUUGUCUUUCAAUGACUUAAAUGGUAGCAUACCUCGCUGCCUAUUGGAAGAAAAUAGUGUACUUAGAGGGCUCAAUAUUAGGGGAAACAAUAUUAGUGGUGUUAUCCCUGAUGCAAUGAGAGGGAAUUGUGUCCUAGGAGCCUUUGAUGUUAGUGACAACAACUUAGGAGGGAAGAUUCCCAAGUCUUUGGAAAAUUGUAAUGAAUUAUCAGUGAUGAAUGUUGGAAACAACAACUUUGAUGGUAACUUCCCUUGCAAGGCACUGCCAGUGAGCUUGAAGGUUCUUGUGUUGCGCGGCAACAGAUUCCAUGGAGACUUGACAUGCAAUAAAAGUUGGCCAAAGCUUCAAAUUUUGGAUAUAUCUUCAAAUCAUUUCAGUGGCACUCUAGAUUCAAUAAACUUCUCGAGUUUGAGAGGAAUAAUGCUACAGAGUCCUACACAUGUCAGGUACAACCGCUCUGAUGACUCUAACAUUAUAGGUGACGGUGAUUACUACCAAAAUGACGUGACAUUAACCAUCAAAGGGAUUGAGGUGAAGCUUGUGAAGAUUUGGCCUGACUUUACAUGCAUUGAUUUGUCUUCCAAUCAUUUUGAAGGAGAAAUACCAGAUGCAAUUGGCUUAAAUUUGUCCUACAAUCAUCUUACUGGACUGAUCCCAACUGGUCGCCAGUUUCAAACGUUUUCAGCAGAUUCAUAUGUAGGAAAUGCGGGGUUAUCUGGUUUCCCACUCAACGGGAGUUUCAACAACCCUCAUCCACCAGCUGAUCCAUCGCCACCAGACGAUUCAGAAUCAAAAGACGAGGAGAUUGAGUGGGAAUAUGUGUUUGUUGCGUCUGGUUAUGUUGUGGGAAUAGGAAGCGUCGCGUGGACACUGUUAUGUUGCAGAAGGUUGAGAGAAAGAUACUUUGAGAAGAUAGAAGAGGUUGCUGACAAGAUAUUCUACGAGAGAGGAAGGAGAAGAAGACAUGAAAGAAGAGUAAGAAGAAGAGAAGAGAGGAAUGCAGUUAGAAGAAGGCAUCAUCAGUGAGGUUGAGCAAUUUGGUGUUGUGUAAUUUGGUGUUGUGUGAACUUUCCUUUUAGCAAUGUUUGUUUCUCUUUGUGUGUUCCAAACUUCUAUUGCAUGAUGUAUUUUUCUAAUAUGAUCCUUCGAACCAAUUAUAAGUGAGUUAUAUUCUUUUUUCGGAAUCAAAUUAUAUGUUAGUCAUUUCCUAUUUUGCUCGCAA